UCCUGACAGUGAAGAUAUUAAUUCAGAUGAUUUUGCAUUCUCAAUGAACUCUCUUAGAACAUCUGAGUAUAUGAGUUCGAUGCAAAUAGGGAGCUCUAAAAACGAUUCUUUUAUCAAAGGGAUCUUGCAGGAUAGUACACUGAAGUCUAAUCUUAGUAAUCAGAAAAGUGAUAGUAAACACUUGCAGAGCACAUUUAAAAAUUUAAACAACAGUUCAUUGCAUAUCAAAAAUGAUGCAUUAGUACUGGAUUCAGCUACAUGCCCAAUUUUAUUUGAUGAAAUCCAGUUCGAAUUUAAACCAAGACCAUCGAGUGUUUGACUCCCUCUUGUAAAGAAAGUCAAGAAAUCAAGAAAAUAUAGAAAAAUGAAGCCAAAUCGAUCUUUUCCCAUACUAAAUAUUCAGCCAAAAUCCGAAAAUUGUCAAGAAAAAGUAGCACCUAAAGCGGCUUCCCCUUCCCAAAGAAAAUUCAAAAUUCAGAAGAAAAUAUUGAAAAGAAACAAACAGCUUGCCAGGAAAGUCUCAGAUGCGCUUGAGGGUUGAGAAGAAGUCCUAGAGUGUAAAUAAAGAGUCUUCAUCAAUUUCAAGUGGUUCCAAAAAAUUGGUGCAGAAAGCAGGCAAGAUUCGGCCAGUGAAGUUGAAGCUAAAACGAAAAAGUAAGUUCAAAAUUAUAAAUAAUUAAAUAUUAAUGUCUUCAAAAUGGAAUGAAGGUGAUUUCGAUAUCUUUAAAUAGUAUUAUACUCGGCUAAGAUCCGAUUUUAUUACACCUUAUUUUUAUCCUGGAUAAAUCAAACUGGUCCAAACCUCACAUAUCCAAUUUG